GGUUGUAGGAGUGGGGUGAUGGGGUAAUAUGUGAGCUAUGGUCGGGCCGUAGCAAUGAGCUGCUACAUAGGGUUCGAUAAAUAAUCAAUCAUUGUUUCUGUAAGGAAAGGCCCGAAGGAGAAGUAUUUCCGGCGGGGAUAUCCAGGUUCGCAACGGAAUCAAAACGGUGGCCAGUGGUGUUUUAAGUUGAAUUAUUGGGGUUUUGGAGGUAAAGUAAACAAUUUUCAGCAUGCCUCGUUACAGGGACGAUACCCCUGCCGUUCGCGUGUAUACGGUUUGUGACGAAUCGAGAUAUUUGAUUGUGAGGAAUAUUCCCGCGCUUGGAUGUGGCGACGAGUUGUUGAAACUGUUUGCUACUUAUGGAGACGUUGAAGAGUAAAUGUAAACCAAUGGAUGCAGAAGAUUGUGAGCAAUUCACUGAUGUUUAUUGGAUCAAAUUUCGACUCAUCAGCAAUGCCAGGUUUGCAAAGAGAAAAUUGGAUGAGUUUGUUUUCUUGGGGAACCAGUUGCAGGUCUCAUAUGCUCCUCAAUUUGAGAGCCUUGAUGACACUAAGGAUAAGUUAGAAGGCAGAAGAAAGGAAGUCCUUGCAAGAUUGAAUCCUCCAAGAUCGAAAGGGCAUCCAGUUCAUCACCUGUUCCCGGCCAGUGAGGCUCCAUCGCUUGCUGGUUCAUCUCAGCAGAUUCCCAAGCAGAUAAAUUCAGGGCUGAGGGAUGUUGGAGAUUUGGAGUACAAGUCUCACACUAAUAUUGCUCCAAUAACAAGAGUAUCAUCUGACAAGGAUUACUUCCCCUCACAGUCAAUGAAUCAGACAGUUAAAAUGGUCAGGAACAAACUCAAUAAGAUUCAAUCAAGCACUGAGCAUCUACAAGCUGGACCUGCAUCCAAGAAAACAAGAGUGGACAAUAGAAGAAGAAUCUGAUGAGGUUUCUAGGAUCAAGUAGGUGGCUGGACAUGAAAAGUGUGAUAGUUUCAUCUUGCCACAGGAAAUAUUUUUUUUCUUCCGAUGUCUUAUCCAUGAUAUCCAUAUAUAUAUAUGUAUAUAUUGUAAAUCUUGGUACAACAUAAACAUCUUUUGAUUUAUUUGAAAUUUUAUAUUUGAUAAUUUGAAAUGAA